UCCUGCCUGUCAAGACAAGGAGGCGGAGAGGGACUCCUCCUCUUCCCGAGCUGUAGGUCUGGGCGUGGAGUCCUGUGGCAAUCCUGCAAAAGUGUAAAGCUGUCAGCCGGGCGGAGCACUCAGGGAGAGGGAAGAGAAUGAGAGAGCCCUUCCUCCGCGGCGUGCCCGCUGCCCUGGCUGGCCCAGGCUGGACCUGCUAGAGAGAGACGCCAAGCAACCCGAGGACUUCAGCUCCAGCCAGGGAUAGAGAAGGCUGAAGACAGGCAAUGGACUCCGUCGAUGGGCUCCAGUGUCUGACCAUGACUGCGGAAAACCCACCCUCUGGAGACCUGAUUCCCGCCCCGCUCGUCACUUGCAAGCUCUGCCUGUGUGAACAGUCUCUGGACAAGAUGACCAUGCUCCAAGAGUGCCAGUGUAUCUUUUGUACACCUUGCCUGAAACAGUAUAUGGUGCUGUCAAUCCGAGAAGGCUGUGGAUCUCCUAUCACUUGUCCUGACAUGGUGUGCCUAAACCACGGGACCCUGCAGGAAACCGAGAUUGCCUGUUUGGUGCCUCUGGAUGAGUUUCAGCUGUAUCAGCGGCUCAAGUUUGAACGAGAGGUUCACAUGGACCCCCUCCGGACAUGGUGUCCUGUUGCAGACUGCCAGACCGUGUGCCAUAUUUCAGCCGGAGACCCAGGCCAGCCAGUGUUGGUGGAGUGCCCUUCUUGCCACCUGAAAUUCUGCUCAUGUUGCAAGGAUGCUUGGCACGAGGAGUCUUCCUGUAGAGACAGCCAGUCGGCGAUGCCAGAGCAUGGGGCCCUCUUUGGAACUGAUGCAGACGCCCCCAUCAAGCAGUGCCCGGUUUGCCGCAUUUACAUUGAGCGCAACGAAGGCUGCGCCCAGAUGAUGUGCAAGAACUGCAAGCACACAUUUUGCUGGUACUGUCUGCAGAACCUGGACAAUGACAUAUUCCUCAGGCACUAUGACAAAGGGCCAUGCAGGAAUAAGCUCGGCCACUCGAGGGCAUCGGUAAUGUGGAACCGAACACAGGUAGUGGGGAUCCUUGUGGGAUUAGGUGUCAUUGCCUUGGUGACCUCACCCUUGCUGCUCCUGGCCUCUCCCUGUAUAAUCUGUUGUGUCUGCAAGUCCUGUCGUGGCAAGAAGAAAAAGCAUGAUCCACCCACAACCUAAAGUCACCUGCGCAGACAUCCGGGUCACAUGAGACAGCACAUUGGUAAAAGCCCCACUUAGCAGCCUUGCCUCCUUCUCCUUGCCAAACUUUGGAAGUGCCUCUGCCCAGACUUUGAACCUACCUGAAAGCAUUCGGUGUUGGAAAAGGCCACGCACCAGGGCAUGAGUGUGCCUGUGUAUCAAGAAGCAGCCCCACCGUCCAGACUAUGUCUGUGGAGCAGGUUGGGAACUUUGCUUUAGCCUGGGAGACUCUAAAACAUCACCAUCUUACCCUCCGAAGGAUCCCACCAGGCUGCUCAUCUUCCAUCCAAACCAAGGAGCCUGGGUGAAUAUUCACUGUAGUCAUGGCGGUCUUGCCGCACUUGGCAGCAUUGCAAACUGAGCAAACGUCUGUGUUGGUUCCACUGCCACAAGACACAUGGCAGAGGCCCAGAGUCGGAGGGGAAGGAUGAUACUGCAUAAUAAGAAGCUCUGUGAGCAGUGGAGCCGGCUGCUUAUCUCAGGAGCCGACACACAGACUGGCAUGCCUAUGCCGGCUACCGCGUGUGCACUUCUUAGCGUUUCCACAGUGACUUGGCAGAAACAUAGCAGCUCUCUCCCCGUGUGAUCUCAUCUCCAGGCAGGAGAAACUGCCGUUCAGAGGGAGUUGUCCCUUCCCAGGAAGAGGUUGUAACUUGUAAGGCAACAUGGCCUCAUUCAGUGUCUGUUGUUUGGCAGAUGUUAUUCUUCUAAGGUAACUGGUUCACCACUCACAGUCAGCCCGCAGCUGUGGAUGAAAGGGGAAAACUUCAGAGCUUUCCUUGUAGACAGCAGGGUCCUGGACUCUGUGGUCAUAUUCCCAACAGAUUAGGAGUUGGACCAGACAGUGUGCAUCAACAGUAGACACUGUAGUCCAUUCACACAUAUAGAACCCAUGUGACUCCACCUGGGCACGUGUGCAGAUAUUUAAUGGUUAACACAAAAUAAGAUUAUUUUAAAAGACCUUUUCCCUUUCUAGGACUAAAAUGAUAUAUUUAUCAGCAUACGAGGUUUUUUUUUUUUGGGGGGGUGGUUUUAUUUACUUAGUACACAUGUGAAUUUUUGUUAUAAGUUCCUAACUUACUCAAGAGGGUAGACUCAAAAGUCUUUUACAACAACCCCUAGUGUGGUUUUAUGCCUCUGUAAAGUGAUAUUCAGGUUAUUUACAUACUUUCAGACACAAUGUAGAGCAGCUCUUCACUCAGCCUAAUUUAGUCUUGGUCUCCCAGGAGCUGUCCAGACAAUCUGAGUACUUUCUGUGCUCUCAAGAAUUUCGUGUGACAACAAGCGAUCAGAUGGAAACAGUUCAGGUGUCUUCAGUUGCUGGGAUUUGUGUCACCUCAGUGUGACACAUCCUGCCUGUUAUACAGUUAAUCAGCAAAUAGGGUUUGAAAGGACAAACAUAUUUUUCCUCUAGCAUUAUACAGUUGCCAUUAGCAAAGCAGCCCGGUGCUUCAUUAAGAACUGUGUGUGUUCCAUGUUAACAGAGACCUCUCCUGGAAGCUGGGGAGAGUAUUCAGGGCCUGUUCUGUUUCCCCCGGUAACUAGGUGACUAGAUUGUUAAACUGCUGCUAUUUUAUCAAAGACCUGUUAUCAUCAGCCUUGCCUCUGCAGUGCAAUGUAUCCCCAAGUGGAGAUGUCUAUAUGCAAGGGAUCACGUGUGCGGUGGAAUGUAUCCUAAGUGGGCAUGUAUGUAUUCAGGGGAUCACAUGUGCAGUGGAAUGUAUCCUAAGUGGGCAUGUAUAUAUUCAGGGGAUCACAUGUGUACAUUAGCAUCUGAUGUAUGUACAGAACAUUCCCUGGCCACGUGCUUUUUUUAGUCACAGUUUGUAUAAAACAUAGAACUCUAGAAAACUUCUGAAUGGCAACCAGCCCAAAUCCUUUCAAUCAUUUAUUAGAAAUUUUUCCAUAUAAAGUGGCUCCGUCUUCUGGUGAAUGUCUUCAGUUACAGCAGGAAAAACAAACCUCUCUUUUGAAAGGGUAUUUCAUAUUAGUCUGAAUAUAAAUGACAUCUGAGUGGCGGACCUGCACACAUAGUCACCUGCCUCCCUUGAGGUGAGGGGCAUUUGUCACAGCUCAGGGGAUUACAGGAACUCAACUGAAAUUGGAUUUCUCUGCACGGAUGUCAACAGUGACACCAAGCACCACCCUCAGUAAAUUUUCCAGGCUUGCCUGGUUCUAAGUGGGGCCGAUUUCAUGUAACCUGAAAUGCUGUUAUCUCCGAAGUAAGAGCUGGUAUGAGUGGAUUUAGAGUAAAGACGGAGGCAAAUGCCUGGGCGAUUUCCCCAGCGAAACUGAGGGAAGUUGCCUUCUCAGAGAUUUUUAUAAAAGCAUUAGUUUUAAUUUUAUUUUUCAGCUUGGGGGGGGGGUGUUUGUCAAACUGAUUUUACAUAACUGGAUUUUUUUUUUAAUGUUGCAAAGUGCCUGAAUAAUGGUGUCUUUUUCAUCAUAUAGCAAAAUGUGUGUGAGAGAGUGUGUCAGAAUCUACUUUGGUAGAUGGAACCCAAGUGUCUGUAGCUCUGGCUCAUCGCAGGGCGCAAUACCAGCCCAACCGACUUCGUUUACAAAGAUACAAGGUGGUAACUGUGGCGGGAGAGGCCGGUGUCCUCAUUUUGGGUAACUAGCCCCUGAAGGCUUUACUUACCUGUCCCUCAGCUUCCUCCUCCUGCUUCAGGAAGGGUUCCUAUAACAAGCCUUUGGCUGUGACAAAGCCCACCAGGUUCACACCUGGGUGUAACAAUCCACCUUCCAGAAAUCUCACUGGAUGCAAAGGUACAGCUUCCAGAGCCUGCCGCUGGGGUUCCCUUCUUAGAACAAGUUAGAGAAGAGAGGAAGAAAGCCAUUAUGAAAGCAAAUGUUAGAUAGCGUCUUAGCCACCCUGUUUGUUCACAGUGUGGGUAUUUGUUCUGGACUUGAAAUCUGUACUUUGAAAGUGGCCUUUGGAAAGCAAAUAAGUCAGCUUGGAUUUUCUCGUUGUCUGCAGCACAAAAUAAUCUUCCCCAUCCAAGUGGAAAAUUCUCAUUGAUUUUUUUUUUUUUUUGGAUGUACAAAACUGUUUCUUGGAACGCCAAAUUUCCUCUUUGAAAUGACUCAAUAACUAAGUGUGUGCUGCUUUCGCCUCCUGCACCCACUGCUCCUGAACAACCUAUCUCUCUUUCGGUGAAUAGAUGCCUUUGUGGAUGUGAGCAUCUGGCUGUGAGACCACAGGAAUGCCUUAGAGGAAUGACAUUUUGUAAAGCUGUCUGAAUUGAUAUCUACAGGCUAUCACACCUCCUGUUGGUUCACCAUCCAGGACGUUUUGUUGUGUGCUUGCUUAAAUUUACUGUCGCAUUAUAUAGAUUUCCAAGUCUUUGGGAAGAAAAUUAACUGUUUUAGUCUCUUUAGCCCCAAUAAAUGUGAGCAGGAAACCAAA